UAGGAGGUAGUGUAAGGUAGGUGGGAGGUAAUGCAGCCCGAUAAUGGUGCUCUGCUUGCUUUCUCUGCUCGAUAACAUGAAAGGAUACCUACGAAACCGCGGUUCAAGACCGUUGAUUUGCAGUGAGCACUAGGGUUGCCGGGAUUGAACAAGAUGUUGAUCGCGUCAAUCGAAUACUUUCGCCUACCGCCAAGAUGGCUGUUCGUCAAGCUUGUCGACGCUGCCGGCAAUGUCGGAUGGGGAGAAGCAAGUCUCGAGGGCCACACAGAGGCGGUUGAGGGAUGCCUAGACGCCUUUGGAGAACGAUUCGUGGGACAGGAAGCCGAUGACAUUGAGCAGAUAUGGCAGCUGGGAUACCGCAUGGGCUUCUAUCGUGGAGGCCCUGUGAUCAUGUCUGCGCUCUCUGGUGUAGACAUUGCGCUGUGGGAUCUCAAAGCGCGCAAGCUGAACCUGCCCAUCUAUCAGCUUCUGGGCGGCAAGGUCCGAGAUCAAUUGAAGGUGUACGCGUGGAUCGGAGGCGAUCGUCCUCACGAUGUCGAGGCUAUGGCUCGCGGUCGACUCGAAGCAGGCUUCCGAGCGGUCAAGAUGAACGCUACUGAAGAUCUUGGCUGGCUGGACUCGCCAAGUACACUGGAUGCAUGUCUCGAGAGAGUGAAGGUGGUCCGAAGGCUCGGGCUGGACGCUGGGGUCGACUUUCACGGCAGAGUGCACAAGCCGAUGGCAAAGCAGUUGGCGAAACUGCUGGAGCCGGAGCGGCUGCUCUUCAUCGAAGAGCCACUGCUAUCGGAGAACAUUGAGGGCAUUCAGGAGCUGUCGCAGCACGUAAGUACGCCUAUCGCGCUGGGAGAGCGGCUACACAGUCGAUGGGACGUGAAGCGGUUCCUGGAGGCGCGCUGCGUGGACGUGCUGCAACCCGACAUCUGCCACUGCGGCGGCAUUUCGGAGUGUUUUCGCAUUGCGAAGAUGGCAGAAGCGUACGACGUCGCGCUCGCUCCGCACUGCCCUCUCGGGCCUAUUGCCCUGGCGGCCAGCGUGCACAUUGACGCCACCUCGUCCAACUUCGCCAUCCAAGAGAUGCCGUUGGGCAUCCACUACAAUGUCGGCGGCUCGGACCUGACCAGCUACCAUACGAACCCUGAAGUGUGGCAAGUCACGGACGGCUACAUCCAGCUGAUGACCGGUCCGGGGCUGGGCAUCGACAUUGACGAGGCAGCGGUGAGAGCGGCGUCGGUGCAGACGAAAGCGUGGCGAAGUCCGCAUUUCGUGGGUCCUGGGGGAGAGAUUCGGGAGUGGUAGAGUACCUAGGAGGUAGGGUAAGGUAGACAGGCACGAUGAUGGAUAGGAGGUAGUACCUGACUAGGUGCCUGGUACCUGUUAUGAGUUCUAGAAGGUACUGGAUGUACCUGACGCCUGACGGUAGUACCUGAGCUACCUAGUUGCUUCAUGUCACGUUCUGGAGGGAGCGCUCCAUCCCCAGUUGCCCGGGCCAGUUCUGUUUAGAAUCUGCUAGGAGGAGGUAGGAGGUAGAGGGCGCCCGAUAUUCCGCAGAGCGCACUGGUACCGCUGCCUGCCCGGGCCGUGACAUCCAUGAUAUCUAGGUAAAGGUAGGGUAGGUACGGCUCCGUGAUCCCGCGCUUCCCG